CUAGGACGAAGGAACCCCUCUGUCAUCAUGUGACAGAGCUGUACAGUGUUUUUAAACCUGUACAGUUUAUAUUGAAAAGUUGAUGUCCAGUAGAUAGAGGUGGAUUAUUAAUUAUAUUCUAAAGGCGACCUCUACUUCCAGUGCUAACAUUAACGUUAGCUGUUCUGUGAGACUUGACGACGAAGGACACAACGAAGUGUUCUUUUAUGACAUACGGUUUAAAUGACUGUUUACUGGGAGAAUGUAGUGUUUUUCAAGAGGAGAGAAACGUGUCUAGUGGACGUCUAGUCGAAGAGGACGGAUCAUAAGGACUAACGCCUUCAGAUAAACAACAGUCCUGUGUGGACAUUUGUGCUGCAUCUUCAAGAUUUUUCCAAUGGCACACCAGAGCCGCCUGUCAGGAAGUAAGUCCGCAGUGCAAGAAGCAGCAUCACCAGGAUUGAGAGCAUCAUUUGCUCCAGGAUUAUUUUCUGAAGAGCCCAACAUUUAAGGCGAUACACCAGUGCCCAGGACCGAGCACCAGCCUACCACAAUGGAGACAGUGGGAGAUUUUGAGUACAGCAGAAAAGACCUGGUCGGACAUGGAGCCUUUGCUGUGGUGUUUAAAGGAAGACAUAGGAAGAAGACAGAUUGGGAGGUGGCCAUAAAGAGCAUUAAUAAGAAGAACCUGUCCAAGUCCCAGAUCCUUCUUGGCAAGGAAAUCAAAAUCCUGAAGGAGCUGCAGCAUGAAAACAUUGUGGCACUUUAUGAUGUCCAGGAAACACCCAACUUUGUUUUUCUGGUCAUGGAGUACUGUAAUGGAGGUGAUCUUGCCGACUAUCUGCAAGCAAAGGGGACACUGAGAGAAGACACACUGAGGGUUUUCCUCCAGCAGAUUGCUGCUGCCAUGCGCAUCCUCAACAGCAAAGGAAUAAUCCACCGUGACCUGAAACCGCAGAACAUCCUGCUGUCAUAUGUGGGUCGCAAGAAGUCCAACAUCAGUGGCAUCCGCAUCAAAAUAGCUGAUUUUGGCUUUGCACGGUACCUCCAGAGCAACAUGAUGGCAGCCACGCUAUGUGGGUCACCCAUGUAUAUGGCCCCAGAGGUCAUCAUGUCCCAGAAUUAUGAUGCCAAGGCCGACCUGUGGAGCAUAGGGACAGUCAUUUACCAGUGUCUGGUCGGCAAGCCACCGUUUCAGGCCAAUAGUCCCCAAGACCUGAGGAUGUUCUAUGAAAAGAACAAGAAUCUACAACCUAUCAUCCCAAGGGAGACAUCCCAACAACUUGGCCAUCUUCUGCUCGGGCUGCUGCAGAGGAAUCAGAAAGACAGGAUGGACUUUGAAGCGUUUUUCAGCCAUCCUUUCCUGGAGCCGUCAUCCACCAUUAAAAAGUCAUGUCCUGUGCCGGUCCCAAGUGCUUCCAAUGCAGUGACAGACAGUUCCUGUGGCAGCUCCCCAUGCAUCCGUUACAACUCCCCUCCUUCUCUCCCGGACAUGCAGACACUAGCAGAAGAUGGUCUGUCAUCCCCUCCUCUCGGUCCGCCCAACUUCCUGCAGCUUUCCAAAGAGUCUGCAGGAAGCACCAGCAGUAAGAACUCCUCCUGUGACACUGAUGACUUUGUCUUGGUGCCUCACAUCUCUACUGACAGCUAUGACCAGCCAAUGGGAGUAGGUCGUCGGCCGUCCAGUGAGUUCCUCAUGUGUGCAGGGCAGCCGCAACCCACCCCUGGACAGACCGCCAUGGUGUCCCCACGGGCUGAGACCACCCCCAUCCCUGUUCCCACCCAAAUCCGCAACUACCAGCGCAUCAAGCAGAACCUUUCCAGUAGCCCGACAACCAUGAUGUACAGCUCCCCCAGGUCUGGCACUGUGAGGCGUUCCAACACUAGUCCUAUGGGGUUUCCCAAGGUGGGGUCGGGGUCCCCCAGCUCUGCAGACGUCCCUCAGACAGUAGGCAGGCGUCUCUCCACCGGCAGCUCUCGGCCCUACUCCCCCUCACCUCUUGUGGGCACCAUCCCUGAGCAGCUGGGUCACUGCUGCUGUCAACUGCAGAACCACGAGCCUCGCAGCCGCAGCUCCUCGGGAGGAUCCCCUGUCCCAUCCUCUCAGCUCCUUGGGGCUCGGCUCCAGAGCACCCCCACCCUGACCGAGGUCUACCAGGCUAGACAGAAACUCCACAAGCAGUUAUCAGAUCCCAUGCAGCCUUCCGCCUCCUGCAGUCAUUCCCCUCAGCUCGGCCGACCAGCCAACCUCGGCUCUUCCCCCACCAAGCUCCUGGGCUCCUCCCCCCGCAUGUCUGACUGGUUGCAAAAGUCCCCGCUGCCUACCAUCAUUGGCUCCCCGACUAAGACCAUUUCGGCACCGUUCAAGAUCCCAAAAACGCAGGCGUCCUGUAACUUGAUGGCACUGGCGGACAGUCCCUUGCCCACCAAGACGCUGGCAGAUGCCCGGGAUAUCUGUGCCUACCACUGCAGCCCGUACCUCACUGGACGCCCAGCUGCCCCUGAGGCCAGUAGAACCUUUGGCAGGUCUGUUAGUACAGGUCGUCUUUCUGAGCAACCAAUCAGAAUCACUCUGGGUGGACAGGCCUAUCAGGGUAGCACUGACAGCUUGAACACAGAGCGACCAAUGGACACAGCCCCUGCAGGUCCCAGCGGGCUGAUUCAGGGGGGGUCAGCAAGUACUCGUACUGUCCUAUUCACCGUGGGUUCACCGCCCAACAGCAGCACUCCUCCUACCUGCAGCCAACUGGGCACGCGACCACGCACCACCUCAGUGGGCUCUAACAGUUCGGCCGGCUCCCUGUGCUCCACCAGCGGUCGGGUCUAUGUCGGAUCUCCUCCAGGCAUGGCCCUGGGCUCCUCUCCUCCAGGAGGUUUUGGGGGAGGGCAGGUUGUCCCCGGGACUGAGGGGGCACCCAGCAGCCUGCGCUAUGUUCCCUAUGGGACCUCCCCUCCCAGCUUGGAGGGAUUCAUCACAUUCGAAGCGCCAGAGCUGCCUGAGGAGACCCUCAUGGAGCGCGAGCAUACAGAUACCCUGAUGCAUCUACGGAUGAUGCUUUCGUUCACUGACUGCGUCCUGGAGAUGGCCGCAGUGCGGGCUGGAGGGACGGAGCUUGGCGUGUCAGCCGCCUCCCUUUACCCUCCCCAGGACAGUGUGGUUGUGGACCAGAUCAGCCAGCUCAGCAAAGAGUGGGGGCAGGUGGAACAGCUGGUGCUGUACAUGAAGUCAGCUCAACUCCUGGCUUCCUCUCUCCAUAUGGCCAAGGCUCAGAUUAAAUCAGCCAAGCUCAAUCCAUCCACUGCCGUCAAACAGGUGGUUAAGAGUUUGAAUGAGCGUUACAAGAGCUGCUUAUGCCUCUGCCGGCGGUUGACUGACAAACUCAACCACUUCUUCUCCGAUAAGCAGCGCUUUGUAGACGAAAUCAAUAGCGUCACAGCGGAGAAGCUCAUCUACAAUCAUGCUGUGGAGAUUGUUCAGUCAGCGGCUCUGGAUGAGAUGUUCAAACAGACGGAAGAUAUAGCCUACCGCUACAGCAAGGCCGCCAUGCUGCUGGACGGCCUGUCCAAGAUCUUACAGGACCCCACUGACAUUGAGAAUGUGGUCAAGUACAAGGCCAGCGUGGACCGCAGAAUCUCAGCCCUCUGCUACUGCACUGUCACACUCUUUGAGUAGCUGCCCUCACAUAAACACACCUACGCGCACACACACAGAGGGACCAAGUCCUAAGACUAUUGGCUACAAUCCUCACAAAGCCGCCUUUCCUUCUUGUAGCAGUUCAAGCACUUUUCAUUUAAAUCUGUAUUUAUUGUCAUACUGGCUGCAUCACUGAAUGAAUUGUGACAAGCAACUGAUGCACAAAUUUACAACCAAAGAUGAGAACGGACGGAUCUAGAAAAUAAAUAAAGGCUGAAACCAGAUGCGGAUUUAAAAGAUGCACUUUCAAGUGCAUUUUUCGUCUUACCCUAUGUUGGUGGAAAACCAUCUGAUCAAGAUAAAAAAAACUAAUAUCCAUCUUUCAAGAUAUCAUUUGUUUUUUACCAGAAGAAAAAAGUAUGGACAAAGCUAUGAGACAGUGAUGAUGAUCCUGCUUACUUUGUGAUAUCAGUGGUUAUUUACUCUGUGUUUAAUUUUUCAUUGUUUUAAUUUAUUGGUUCAGAAGAACUUGGGUGAUUGAGUCUCCUGCCUAUCUUGAAAACCUCAAGUAUUGGAGUAGAAGGAAUUUGAAGAAAUUAGCAAAGGACUUGCGACCAAUCAGAAACUCUUGUUACAGAAACUAGACAGCCAUGUGAGCAAAGGAUUUUUUUUUUUCUUGUGUCGUUAGCUCAAGCACUUUAUUCUGGAUUGAGAGGGAGAGAAAUGUAUCUGUAGAAGUUCUAAAGGUAGAAAUGUGAAGGCAGGGGAAGGGUUUUCUAAUCACUCCUGCUCCCACCUUCGAAAAACUUACCUGCUCUGUAUGCAUGAUGAACUAGACUACAGAAUGCAUACACUUCCCAUAAGGCAGAGCAACCAAGGAGCAAAGUCUAAUUGGCUGCAGCUCAACUUUGUGGGACCUCUUCUGUCAAGAUCAACUUGAUAUUUUAUAGAACCUCUUUUUAGAUGAUUUAAUUUCAUAUAUUUAAAGGGACAUGCUACUGAUUGAAAGUAAGGAUAUUUAUCGGCCUGUGCUACUUCAAAUUUGACCUUUCUUUUAUCUAAUUUUAAUUUAUCACGCAUGUUCUCCAACCUAAUGGAAGUGUAAUGCUAAAAUGGUUGAAUAUCCUUUUUAAUUCCAGAUGCCAUAGUUGUCAGGCAUAUGAAAAAGAUGGCCUACAAAUACUUUGUCACAAGGUCUCUAGGCCCGGACAUUCAGAAGAAAAGUGGUGGCAGGCCCUUCUCCUGUCACCACUGCAGUGCUGAACAAUCAAUCAGCGUCCACCUUAUACCCUGAUGGGGGGAAUUGUGAAACUGAAUGGUCAUAUUACUUGACAAGUUACCUUAAUAAUAAGUUUAAUUUAAAAAAAAAAUACAACAGCUUUUUUGUGUUCUGUCACUUCUGUAGCUAAUUUUUUUAACAAAACUUAAUCUUGCAAACUUGUAAAUAUUUGUAUGUGAUGAUUCCAUUCCCCUCUUUUUGGGAGGGGAAUGAGUGUGUGUGUGAGGUCACAGUUUGAGUUUGUUUGGGGUGUCGAUGAUGCCAUCAGAUGGCCUGCCUGUCAGUCAAAGAGCACAAAUCUUUACAUGUAUAUAGAUGAAUUUGAUACAUUUUUUUCAUUGCCAAGGGUUUGAUAGGGAAACCUAUUUUGGCACAACAGGGGUGUGCCAAAGAAUAAUAUAUAACUUGUGGCAGCUCCAAAACUUCACAGAGAACUCUUUCUACCGGGACUGUUCAUUGUUGAGAUCACGACACAUAUUUGUUUUAAGGGUCUUUUCUGAAAUGUUUUCUCUUUAGCUUUCAAACUCAUUUCCCCAAAUUUCUUGAUACUCGAUUUGUCACAAUCUGAACUGCCUAGCAUCCACUCUGUCCCCUGCCUCCCCUCAAGUUGUCUGCUGUGCUCCCAACAGUGUAUGUACUGUUUGUAUGUAUGAGUGUAUAUAAACACGUGCACUUGCCAGGUGUGCAUUAAGGCCAGUAGUAUACAGUUAUUGAUGGAAAAGGAGGUGCCUUUUUCUUGUGAAAGUAAACAAAGGCCUACUCCUUUGUACAGGUGUGAAUACAUUCUUUUCUAUGUAAACCUUUUUAAAAAUGCGUUUGCAGGCACCCGGUUGUCUCUGGGCCCGUUUCUCUGAUGUACUGUUCUUUUUCUGAGACAUAUCUGGGUUACAGUUUCCCUCAUACUUGUCAUGAGCACUCUGAACCACACAUAGCCUUCUACUGCACACGGAGUGAAGAGGGACAAAUAAAGCUGAUGGAAACUCGCCUGAAUCUUUGCUCUUUACCAUUUUUGUCCAUGGAGUGUAACUGAAGAUGGACUGUUUCGGAUUAAGCAUGGGUACCACGUCAGCAUUUUACCCUGUAGAACCUCUAGAACCUUGAAUGUAUGUACCCUGUUGUUUUAUGCUUCUCCAGCUUGAUCUGAAUGCAUUUUGAAGUCACAACCAUGAUAAUGCAACUCUUUUCAAGGACCGAUUUUAAAAGAAAUGUCAAUGUAAUACUUGUGUUUCUCACCAAGGGGGUGUCUGUCUUUGUUCUUUAUUGAACACAAAUACAGUCUUUGUUAUUAAAAAGAGAAAACAAUAAAAUGUUUUGCUGUUUUCUAUUCUUCUGAGCUUGGUUCUGUGUGGAUUUCCCAGAGGCUGAAAGUUUGGACGAAAGAUCUGAACUGAAAAACUUGAUAUGUGAUAAUGUUUACACAAAUAACAAUAUUGGAUAAAAUAUAAACAAAUUGUACUAACAUUGGACAUUGUGGCAUCCCGCCCCUGAAGCCUCGGCCUGAACGGUCCCGUGGGACCGUGAAGGACGGGUGUACCACCCCCACCCACCAGCCGGCGACGGAGAGCACCGGGUCCUUCCCCCCAAUCAGCGGGAUGGGGAACACCUGGCGGCUGGGAGGAGGAAGUCCCGGAGCCACUAUAAGAGAGGCAGAGACACGCAUGGACGGGGGAGGCAGA